AUGGACCAAACAAAUACAAACAAAGGUACAGGGAAUAAUGACGACGACUAUAGGCAAAAAAAUAAGGAAGACGGAAAAACCAAUGAGAACGGGGAAGAACGGCCGCAAGACGGCAGAACAGAAGAGGAAGAACAACGAAAGUUCGAAAAGGAAAUGUUAGAAUGGCACAAUAAACAGCCAAAGAUGAUUAGGUCGGGUCCUCCAAAGCACUCGACUCUAGUAGGAGAGGACCUGUUAAAGGAAAUUAACAAAGAAGAGGAAAAAGAAGGAGACAAAGUGGAGGAAGACUCAGUGGAAAUUGUGGAAGUGGGGGAUAAGGAAGUAGAAUGGAGAGAAGAGCAAGGCGAUUCAUACUGGCAAGAUAUAGAAGAGAGCGUCCUAACAGCUUUCCUGUUCGACGAAGCGGACAGGGAAGAAAUACAGCAAGAGAAAAGAGAGAAGAAAGCAAAAAAUACUCAGAGGAGACGGAAAUCGAAAGAGUCCAAAGAAAAUUGA